AAACAAGAAUUUUUGUAGGUCCGACUGUCUGACCGACGACAGGUUUUCUCGUUCUAUAAGCCAUUCACUGUGGUAUAUGUUUCACCUUAAACUCAACCAUUACCGAGCGAUUCGUAAGCGACAAACACAAACUCGGCGACUGUAGUAAACUUAACCUAUCCCAUCCCCCGACUCUUUCUGGUCGUUUUUAUUUUUAAUUUCGGUCGCUAUCUUUUUAUCUUCGAAAUUCAGCUGACUUCCGCCUACAGCUAUAUCAUAUUAUUUAAUACUCAAGACGCGCUCGGAUGAAAUAUUUACGAUUAUUAUUCACCACACGUUCCGCGCUCAAUAUAGUACCUGCUGUCGUUACGCUAUGCCUAUCACUUGGUAAACAUGUUCGCAUCUAAACAAACAACACUAAAAAAUUACACAAUAAAUACCAACGUGGAGGAAAGCAAUGCUCUAUUGGUCAAGGUGGAGCGAGACAGCUCUAGCCAUUACGACCAACCUGAUUCUGGGUUAUAUGGCCACAACAGUAAUAGUUUUGAGGAUAUUGAGAACGGUAACAUUACAGCAGUCCCUUUCAUGGAUGAAACAACUUCAUUAUCCCAAAAUGCUAUACUUAUACCAUUAACCGGAACAACUCCACCUCAGCAUCAUGACGAACCAUUCAGUACAAAUGCCUAUAAAACACUCAAAAGAGGAAUUUCACACGCUACUGAUAAUGUGAACAUAGUUUCCCAAGCAAGAUCAGAAUUGAUAUUUAUUGACAACACUGAGGAUGAACUACAGAUUGUUGAAACUCCAGUUUAUACAUUUAUUCUACCUGAUUUGUUGCAACUCGAAGAAAAAUUUAGAAUGUUUAUUGAAAAAGACUUGAUAGCAGUAGCAAUGCAGAGUUCUCUUGAACAGGCUUCAAGACUGAAUUGGUGGACUGGAUUUUGUCAAAGGCUUUGGCCACUUUCGACAUCUGGUGAUGGAAACUGUCUAUUGCAUGCUGCUUCAUUGGGUAUUUGGGGAUUUCAUGAUCGGUUAUUAAAUUUGAGGAAAGCUUUGCACUCAUUCCUCAGCAAUGGUCCAGCUCGACAUUCACUUUGGCGGCGUUGGCAACGACAACAAACUAUUAUGAAUUCAUUAUUUGGUCUUGUAUAUACAGAACAAGAAUGGCGCCGAGAAUGGAAUGCAAUUGUUAAUAUGGCUUCCACUGUUCCUCGUAUGAGGAAACAGAGCAUAUCAAGUGGAAAUGCAGAUACUGAAGGAUACAUUUAUGAGAGCCUUGAAGAAAUACACGUUUAUGCUUUGGCACAUGUUUUAAAAAGACCUAUUAUUGUCAUAGCAGAUACUAUUCUUAAGGAUAUGAAUGGUGAAGCCUUGGCUCCUAUACAGUUUGGAGGUAUUUAUUUGCCCCUGGAAUGUUACCCAUGUGAUUGUCAUCGUUCUCCUUUAUUAUUGGCUUAUGAUGGAGGGCAUUUUUCAGCUUUGGUUGCAAUGGAAACACCAAAUUCUACUCUUUCUUGUGCUAUACCUUUGGUGGACUCAAAUGGUGAACUCUUACCAAUACAAUUUCCUGUUGAUCCGGGUGAAAGUGACCAUUCUCCUGAUAAAAAUCAAGAACUAUCAUUUACAGAUUCAUUGUCAUUAUUGAACAGUUACUUGGACAUUGUGAAACUUGACCCUCAAGGUAACAAUGAUACUAAUUGCAAAAAUGGUCUCUUUGGUAGUCUGGGACGUUCAGUAGGGAAUAAAUUGAAAUCAAAACUAUCAAGGACAAAUUCUGUUAAAAAUCUGUCUACUUUAUCACCUCAAGCAAAGUAUACGUAUUGCGCCUUGAUCAACUCGGACAAAAAACAUGAAUAUCACGAUGUAAUGAUUAAAAACUACUUAAGGACAGCAGCUGAACGGUUUCAGCAUUCACCUUACGCAGAUACGACGCCUCGUUAUGGAGCUGGUAAAUCUCGUUUUUACACGGAAGCUGAUUCUGAGUCUCAUGUCAAAGUCGGUUUAAUGACUCCUGUCAAGGCUGUUACAAAUGAAGAUCCCACUAUGUAUCUAUCAAAAUCUACAUUCUAUGACACUGGUUCCCAAGUGGACAAGUGUCUUACGGAAGACUGCGAGUUCUUCGGGUCAUCUGUGACUAAACAUUAUUGUUCAAAAUGUUACCAAUUGAAUCAGCAGCAAAAAAAAGAAUCUGUUUGAAAUAGUAAAUAAAACUAUAUACAAAGAUUUCAUCUCAUCCUAACACACACAUACACACACACAAUAUGUUGUUUUUUUUAUUAAUUUUAAUAGUUUGUGACUAACGUGUACAUAAUUAAGUCUAUGUACACUACACGUCCAUAUAUUGCAACAUCACUAAAUAAAUAAAUAAACAAGAAUGUCAUUUACCAAUAUUAGCUGUCACUUGUUUGUCCUGCAUAUUUAUACAUUUUAUUUAUAUGUAUUGUGUAAUAUAUUCCAACAUAAUAUGCUUUAGCCUUAUUUUUUUUAACUGUGAUGAUUUAGGAUUUUUUUUUCUUCUCUAUCUUUA